CAAGGGAAUGCAAAACAUCUUCCAUCUUGUCUGUAAAUCAGGAAUGGAAAAAACCCUGAAAGUCCUGUUAACCAGGAAACCUGGGAAUAAUGUUAUAAACUCUGUUGAUGUGAAUGGCAGGACCCCUGUCAUGGUUGCAGCACACACGGGAACAGAGGGAUGUUUUAAGUUACUGCAGACAACAUCAAAUUUGAAUGUGAAAGAUAUACAUGGCAUCGGAAUUAUUCAUCUUGCCUGUCGUGGUGGGAACACUGCUAUAGUACAACAUGUCAUGUCUCCAUCUAACAUCAACAGCAGAGAUGAGUAUGGAUGGACAGCAGUGAUGAUGGCAGCUGUCAGUGGACAUCAAAGUGUGUUUGACCUCCUUGUGUCCAACCAAGCUGACCUCACACUGGUGUCUACAUCUGGUGACAGUUUACUUCAUCUUGCCUGUCAUGGUGGGAACACUGCUAUAGUACAACAUGUCAUGUCUCCAUCUAACAUCAACAGCAGAGUUGAGUAUGGAUGGACAGCAGUGAUGCAGGCAGCUGUCAGUGGACAUCAAAGUGUGUUUGACCUCCUUGUGUCCAACCAAGCUGACCUCACACUGGUGGAUACAUAUGGUGACAGUUUACUUCAUCUUGCCUGUCAGGGUGGGAACACUGCUAUAGUACAACAUGUCCUGUCUUCAUCUAACAUCAACAGUAGAGGCAGACAUGGAUGGACAGCAGCAAUGAAGGCAGCUGUCAGUGGACAUCAAAGUGUGUUUGACCUCCUUGUGUCCAACCAAGCUGACCUCACACUGGUGGAUACAUAUGGUGACAGUUUACUUCAUCUUGCCUGUCGUGGUGGGAACACUGCUAUAGUACAACAUGUCCUGUCUUCAUCUAACAUCAACAGUAGAGGCAGACAUGGAUGGACAGCAGCAAUGAAGGCAGCUGUCACUGGACAUCAAAGUGUGUUUGACCUCCUUGUGUCCAACCAAGCUGACCUCACACUGGUGGAUACAUCUGGUGACAGUUUACUUCAUCUUGCCUGUCAGGGUGGGAACACUGCUAUACUACAACAUGUCCUGUCUCCAUCUAACAUCAACAGUACAGGCAGAUAUGCAUGGACAGCAGCAAUGAAGGCAGCUGUCACUGGACAUCAAAGUGUGUUUGACCUCCUUGUGUCCAACCAAGCUGACCUCACACUGGUGGAUACAUCUGGUGACAGUUUACUUCAUCUUGCCUGUCAGGGUGGAAACACUGCUAUAGUACAACAUGUCCUGUCUCCAUCUAACAUCAACAGCAGAGGGAUGCAUGGAUGGACAGCAGCAAUGAAGGCAGCUGUCAAUGGACAUCAAAGUGUGUUUGACCUCCUUGUGUCCAACCAAGCUGACCUCACACUGGUGUCUAUAUCUGGUGAUAGUUUACUUCAUCUUGCCUGUCGUGGUGGGAACACUGCUAUUGUAAAACAUGUCCUGACACCUUCUAACAUCAACAGCAGAGGGGAGUAUGGAAGGACAGCAGCAAUGAGGGCAGCUGUCAGUGGACAUCAAAGUGUGUUUGACCUCCUAGUGUCCAACGAAGCUGACCUCACACUGGUGGAUGCAGAUGGUGAUAGUUUACUUCAUCUUGCCUGUCAGGGGGGGAACACUGCUAUUGUAAAACAUGUCCUGACACCUUCUAACAUCAAGAGCAGAGGGCAGUAUGGAAGGACAGCAACAAUGAAGGCAGCUGUCAGUGGACAUCAAAGUGUGUUUGACCUCCUAGUGUCCAACCAAGCUGACCUCACACUGGUGGAUGCAGAUGGUGAUAGUUUACUUCAUCUUGCCUGUCGUGGUGGGAACACUGCUAUAGUACAACAUGUCCUGUCUCCAUCUAACAUCAACAGUAGAGGCAGACAUGGAUGGACAGCAGCAAUGAAGGCAGCUGUCACGGGACAUCAAAGUGUGUUUGACCUCCUUGUGUCCAACCAAGCUGACCUCACACUGGUGGAUACAUAUGGUGACAGUUUACUUCAUCUUGCCUGUCGUGGUGGGAACACUGCUAUAGUACAACAUGUCCUGUCUUCAUCUAACAUCAACAGUAGAGGCAGACAUGGAUGGACAGCAGCAAUGAAGGCAGCUGUCACUGGACAUCAAAGUGUGUUUGACCUCCUUGUGUCCAACCAAGCUGACCUCACACUGGUGUCUACAUCUGGUGACAGUUUACUUCAUCUUGCCUGUCAGGGUGGGAACACUGCUAUAGUACAACAUGUCCUGUCUCCAUCUAACAUCAACAGCAGAGGGGAGUAUGGAAGGACAGCAGCAAUGAGGGCAGCUGUCAGUGGACAUCAAAGUGUGUUUGACCUCCUAGUGUCCAACCAAGCUGACCUCACACUGGUGGAUGCAGAUAGUGAUAGUUUACUUCAUCUUGCCUGUCAGGGGGGGAACACUGCUAUUGUAAAACAUGUCCUGACACCUUCUAACAUCAAGAGCAGAGGGCAGUAUGGAAGGACAGCAACAAUGAAGGCAGCUGUCAGUGGACAUCAAAGUGUGUUUGACCUCCUAGUGUCCAACCAAGCUGACCUCACACUGGUGGAUGCAGAUGGUGAUAGUUUACUUCAUCUUGCCUGUCGUGGUGGGAACACUGCUAUUGUAAAACAUGUCCUCACACCUUCUAACAUCAACAGCAGAGGGGAGUAUGGAAGGACAGCAGCAAUGAAGGCAGCUGUCAGUGGACAUCAAAGUGUGUUUGACCUCCUAGUGUCCAACGAAGCUGACCUCACACUGGUGGAUGCAGAUGGUGAUAGUUUACUUCAUCUUGCCUGUCAGGGGGGGAACACUGCUAUUGUAAAACAUGUCCUGACACCUUCUAACAUCAAGAGCAGAGGGCAGUAUGGAAGGACAGCAGCAAUGAAGGCAGCUGUCAGUGGACAUCAAAGUGUGUUUGACCUCCUGGUGUCCAACCAAGCUGACCUCACACUGGUGGAUGCAGAUGGUGAUAGUUUACUUCAUCUUGCCUGUCGUGGUGGGAACACUGCUAUUGUAAAACAUGUCCUCACACCUUCUAACAUCAACAGCAGAGGGGAGUAUGGAAGGACAGCAGCAAUGAAGGCAGCUGUCAGUGGACAUCAAAGUGUGUUUGACCUCCUAGUGUCCAACCAAGCUGACCUCACACUGGUGGAUGCAGAUGGUGAUAGUUUACUUCAUCUUGCCUGUCAGGGGGGGAACACUGCUAUUGUAAAACAUGUCCUGACACCUUCUAACAUCAACAGCAGAGGGCAUUAUGGAAGGACAGCAGCAAUGAAGGCAGCUGUCAGUGGACAUCAAAGUGUGUUUGACCUCCUAGUGUCCAACCAAGCUGACCUCACACUGGUGGAUGCAGAUGGUGAUAGUUUACUUCAUCUUGCCUGUGAGGGUGGGAACACUGCUAUUGUAAAACAUGCCCUGACACCUUCUAACAUCAACAGCAGAGGGCAGUAUGGAAGGACAGCAGCAAUGAGGGCAGCUGUCAAUGGACAUCAAAGUUUGUUUGACCUCCUUGUGUCCAGCCAAGCUGACCUCACACUGGUGGAUGCAGAUGGUGAUAGUUUACUUCAUCUUGCCUGUGAGGGUGGGAACACUGCUAUAGUACAACAUAUCCUGUCUCCAUCUAACAUCAACAGUAGAGGCAGAUAUGGAUGGACAGCAGCAAUGAAGGCAGCUGUCACUGGACAUCAAAGUGUGUUUGACCUCCUUGUGUCCAACCAAGCUGACCUCACACUGGUGUCUAUAUCUGGUGAUAGUUUACUUCAUCUUGCCUGUCAUGGUGGGAACACGCUAUAGUACAACAUGUCCUGACACCUUCUAGCAUCAACAGCAGAGGGGAGUAUGGAAGGACAGCAGCAAUGAGGGCAGCUGUCAGUGGACAUCAAAGUGUGUUUGACCUCCUGGUGUCCAACCAAGCUGACCUCACACUGGUGGAUGCAGAUGGUGAUAGUUUACUUCAUCUUGCCUGUGAGGGUGGGAACACUGCUAUUGUAAACAUGUCCUGACACCUUCUAACAUCAACAGCAGAGGGGAGUAUGGAAGGACAGCAGCAAUGAGGGCAGCUGUCAGUGGACAUCAAAGUGUGUAUGACCUCCUAGUGUCCAACCAAGCUGACCUCACACUGGUGGAUGCAGAUGGUGAUAGUUUACUUCAUCUUGCCUGUGAGGGUGGGAACACUGCUAUUGUAAAACAUGUCCUGACACCUUCUAACAUCAACAGCAGAGGGCAGUAUGGAAGGACAGCAGCAAUGAAGGCAGCUGUCAGUGGACAUCAAAGUGUGUUUGACCUCCUAGUGUCCAACCAAGCUGACCUCACACUGGUGGAUGCAGAUGGUGAUAGUUUACUUCAUCUUGCCUGUGAGGGUGGGAACACUGCUAUUGUAAAACAUGCCCUGACACCUUCUAACAUCAACAGCAGAGGGGAGUAUGGAAGGACAGCAGCAAUGAGGGCAGCUGUCAAUGGACAUCAAAGUUUGUUUGACCUCCUUGUGUCCAGCCAAGCUGACCUCACACUGGUGGAUGCAGAUGGUGAUAGUUUACUUCAUCUUGCCUGUCAGGGUGGGAACACUGCUAUAGUACAACAUAUCCUGUCUCCAUCUAACAUCAACAGUAGAGGCAGAUAUGGAUGGACAGCAGCAAUGAAGGCAGCUGUCACUGGACAUCAAAGUGUGUUUGACUUCCUUGUGUCCAACCAAGCUGACCUCAC